AUGGCGGAUCCGAUCCCUGCCUCCCGCCGCCUCUCCACCGACGCCGCCUCCUCCCACCGGCCCGCAUCCAUCCGCUCCAACCUCUCCGCCACCGCAGCCACGAGCCCGCCCCAGAUCCAAGAGCUGCCAGCGACGGCGUCAACAUCACACCACCACCACCAACCACAAGAACAGCAGCACCACCCCCCGCCGUUCUCCGCCCUCUACACCCUCGUCACAGACGCGACCUCCCAGGCCGGCCGGCCCGGCGCCGCCCCGACGACGCACCACCCCCGCGUGCACUACGUCUUCUCCGACGACGACCCGGACGCCCUGAGCACGGCCCUGUCGGCGGCGUCCUCCCCACCCGCCGCGGCCGGCAAGCACCACCCCGUCCUGCUGGUCGACGUCGUGCCCGCCAACAACCACGCCGCUGACGCUCCCGCACCGCCCGCAGCAAACGACGCCGCGGCUUCCUACACCGUCGCCGGCGCCUGCAGCCUCUCGCCCGACUGGGCCGUCACCUCGGCCCGGAUAAGCCGCAUGGAAGAAGACGCCGGCGGCGGCACCGGUGGCCGGUCCGGGGGCGGGGGCGGGGGCGGCAGCAGCGGCGACGGCAACGGCACGCUCAUGCUGCGGAUCGAGGGCGUGGGCGUGGACGCCGUGCCGCCCUCGGCCGGCGGGAGAGCGGCCGCUGCCGCGUCGUCGACGGAGCUGGGCGGCUCGGGCGGGUCCGGGUCCGGGAGCAGCCAGCACCAGCCGCUGAGCGGGGCCGGGGAGGAUUACUCCGUGCUGAUCGAGGAGUUCGAUAGGAGGCUGGCCGUGUUGAGGAGGGUCGUCGACGCUGGGGAGGACAGGAGAAAGGGCAUGGAGGGCGGGGAAGAGGAGGCGGAGGAGGGGAAGGAAGAACACGAAGUGCAGGAGGAGCAGGAAAGGAGAGCGUCUGGCUAA